UCCUUCACGGUUCCUCUCCAUCGCUUCGUUUUCGAAUACAGGGGAAGCUUCUGCAGGACGCCUAAUUCUGUUCAAAGCUAUGGCUGAAGAAGGUCAAGUGAUUGGGGUUCAUAACGUAGAGGCAUUCGAUGAUCUACUCAAGAAGGGAACAGAAUCUGGUAAACUGAUCGUGGUGGAUUUUACUGCUUCCUGGUGCCCGCCAUGCCGUUUCAUCGCUCCAAUUUUUGCAGAGUUGGCUAAGGCGCACAUCGGUGUUAUUUUCCUGAAAGUGGACGUGGAUGAAGUGAAGGAAGUUUCUGAGAAAUUCGAGGUCACUGCUAUGCCGACCUUUGUUUUCCUGAAAGAAGGGGCAGAAGUUAAAAAUUCCAGGAUUGUUGGUGCAGAUAAGGUGGAGCUGGGGAAGAGAGUACUAGCGUUGAGUGCACCAGCCGCUGCUACUUCUGCUGCUUAGAACACAAUCAGCUUGGUUUAUCAUUAUGGUUUGAUGGGUGAUUCUGGUUUCCUUUCCAGUUUGUUUGUUCUACUUGUGGAUUUAAUGACAAUUGUGUCUCAGAUGUUUAUUUGUGUUAAACAUGUUUGUAAAAGUAUGUAUUUGUAAGGUUUAAUAUAUCAUAAUCUAUCCGCYAAGUUUGUUUAGGAUGUUUCAA